AUGCCGGCCAUCGCGAGGCCCGAAGCUGAAGCUGAAGCUGGUGGCCAAGCACGUGCGCAAGCCCGAGCCAGGCCAGGGGUGAGGGUUAUCCAUACGUUCGCCGGGGCAGGCCAGAUCAUUGAGGACGUGUGGAGUGCCAGCCCCAGCGCCAGUACCAGCCCAGGUAGUAGCAGCCCAGCCGUGAUGGAGACGGACGAGGAGAUGGAUAAUGGGGAUGGGGUCGAGGCUAUAGAUGCCGAGGUGGAGGCGUGGUGGAUGACCCCCAUAGAGCAAGCAUGCUUGGAGUUUUGUAUUGAGCUAAUGAACCAGCGCCACUGCACGCACGAGUACGAGAGCGCGCUGGUGUGCGCCAUGGCCGUGCAAGGAUGGGGCGAGGCGCGCUGGCGCGAUCCCAGCAGUUACCCGCCCAUAUUAUCCCGCGUGCUCAAGGUGGCGCGCUUCAUGGUGGUGCAGAAGGCGUUAUGGUUAGAUCCCCAUGCCAAGGAGAUCAUUCGCAUGUGGACGGGCCAGUGGCAGCCAGGUAGUGGUAGCAGCCCCGUUACAUGGCCAUUGGCCAGCGUGGACGACCAGCUGGUGGAUAUCCAUCCAGGGGAUCCGCCCAUCGGAUUACCAUCAGGAUCGCCAUCAGGAUUAGGGUUAGGUGUAGGUGGGAAGCUGUUCCACGACCACGUCUAG